AUGGAGGAUAUCGUUAAAAAUGCUUUGUAUAAACGUCUGCGCGAGUACCCGUCCAUCUUCCACAACAAGCCAGCAGGGACUGACACGAAAAGACUGAGAGACAUCCAGCUAAAGGUGAAGGCAGAUAUAGACUGUGAUGACGACUGCAUGGAAGAGCUGGUCUCAAAAUAUUUUUUUCUAACCUGGGUUGAAUUCGAACUCGGAAACUUUGACGAAUCUGAAGAACUCAGUAAUAGAGCUUUAGUGCUGACCAAAGGAAACAGUCUGACCGCAUUGGUUCAUAGUGCGUACGUCAUGAUGCGAAAUGGUGAUGAAAUACAGGCCGAGAAAUGUCUAGACAAAAUGGACCAGAUGAAAAACAGCGACAAUUGGCAGUCCCUUAUAUCUGGGGCUGAUUCAGAGCUCGCAUAUUGUCUCAGCAGACUUGGAGGGCCAAAUAAUAUGAAAAGAACAUUAGAAAUUUUAACAAACCUUACCGACGAAUUUCCAGAUAAAGUGUUAUGGAAAUAUAGGCUUGGCUUGUGUCACAGGCGAGCGACACGCGGCAGAAUAUUCUACACAAUGAAAUCCCAACUGACGAUGGAUGAUCAUGCAGUUGCGGCAACACGUCUGCUCUUUGAAGUGGGGAAGUUGUCUACAGACAUGAAGCUUAGAGCCCACGCAUAUGCCCAGCUUGCUCAGAUCAGCUAUUUUGAUGAAAGACAGUUAUCCAGAGAAGAGCACCAACGUAGGUAUUGUAACAUGAGUACCCAAGAUUUUAUCCAGAUGGCACUGGAGUUAGGCAGCAACGAUGUGUUUACUUUACUUGAGUGUGGAAAAAUUCUGCGGUACAUUGAUUAUGAAAGGGCAAUCGAUUUGCUGGAAAAAUCAAUCGCUAUUAAAAAACAUGGUGUGGCGUAUCAUCAGCUGGGACUGUGUUAUGUGUAUAAAGCUGAAAAUAACAUUACAUUUUCAUAUUUCAAUACUGAAAAGGGAAUUGGUAGUGCGCGUAGAUUUGAUACUAAAACAGAUGAUGUAAGAAAGAUUUUAGAAGAAAACCAAGGAAGACUUCCUGAUGAAUACCUUAAAACGAACCCACGUUACUGCAAUACGAGCACUAAAAAUUAUUACAGAUCGAACUCUGAAUACACCCAUAGAAGAAACCCCGACAGCCAACUUAGAAGUCAAUCGUACGAUAGCGGCUGCUGUUCACACAAGACCGACUCUAAACAGGCACGAAACUCCGCAUGUUCAGUCCAAAACUUUAGGUUGAAGAAAAGUUGUAAACAACACCGCUUUAUUAGAUGUCCAAUGAGAGAAAAAAAACUGAAUAUUGAAUGCGAGUUUGUAAAGAAAGCAAUGUCAUGCUAUAAGGAAUCAAUCAGGCUCUCAUUUGAGAAUAAUGCUCAAGCCAUCUAUGAUCUGGGUCUUUUGUUAAAGUCUUGCGAGCAGCUGGACGAUGCUGAGAAACAGUUCAACAAAGUGACACAUCUUCUGGACUCUAUGUCCUUGAACUUCUCAAACAACGAGGAUGAGAUAACCAGUAGUCAUGGACAUUUCAUUCUUGUCGUUAAUGCAUAUGAACAGGCAGGUCUCUGUCUGCUCAAGAAAGCUGAGUUAGAAAAAAGCAAAUGUUACGGCAACGAAAAACAAAUCGAACAUUUAAUUGAUAGGGGCGAGUCAAAGCUGGUACAGACUGUGAGUUUGUCGGCCAUGUUGGUCAAGCUAAACACCGAGAUGAAGGAACAUUCGUCCCAUAUCUGGCACUCACUCAGAACUCUUGAGUUCAGGUAUGAAAACGAAGAAAAAUCUCCACAGUCGAUCAAAAAAUUUAUUGAAUUACUUGGCAAGACCAACCAUCACAAGAAAGUUUUGAAUAUCAUCGAGAAGUUGAAGAGUUACAGCGAUGAUGAACUAGACGACCCUGCUGUCGUUAGUGCUGCACUUGAAAGCUAUCUGGCCUUGAAAGACUAUGAGUCGGCACUUGCGUUUUUAAACAUGGUCAACAUGAGACCUAAUGUGGAUAUACGAGAAGUGGGCCAACUAGUCACUUCCGUUCAGACAUGCGCAAUCGCCAAAAGACUGCAGAAGAAUGAGAGCGGUGCACAGCUGAUAAUGAAAACAGUUUUUCAUCAACACACCAGUGGUGGUAGUGGUGGUAGUGGUGAUAGUUGUGGUGCAUCAGCAGACGAGGUAACUAACAAGUCAGAAGUCAUACCACGUGACCUCGACGUCAUCGUUAUCUAUGACGACUCCCACGACGUGGAGAGAGAAGAAAGCGACAUCACAAGAACUGCCAACCAACUCUGUCGUGUCUUAGAGAAAACAUUUGGUCUCGCUGUAAGCUGUAACUUGAAAGACUGUUGUUCUGGAGGUGAAAAGAUCCAUCUGCAGUUUGAGGAACUGUUGAGGGCUAAGGUAGCAUUGAUUCUCUUGGGAGCAGAGAAACCUAGAGAUUGCUCCUUUCAGAUCUUCCUGGACAAUAUUCACUACGAGCUGUCCGAGCUUGCUGAAAGAGGUAGGGACGUGCCUACAGUGUUGGUAGUGUUUGCUGCCCAAGGAUCCGAACUUGGCGUUCCAUCGUUAUCCUGCUGUAGACAAUUUUGUCUGGACGACAUCUUGGCUGACAUCAAUAAUUAUUUACAGGAAAAAGAAAAAAAUUCGGGCCAGGAAGAGGAAGACGAAGUUCCCAUUUUGGAAGAUAACUCUAGUGAGUUUAGCAAGGGAGUUAACGCUGUCAUGACUCUGUUUUGUUUACUUAUAGGCAAGAAAUGGCCCCUUUGA